GCACCGUCCCCGCAUAGGCACGGCCGCUUCGGGGACAGCUCCAGUGCCGCAUCGCGCUGCUUUUCCGUCUCCUCUAUCGCUGCCUGCACCUGUGCCCCCGCGGCGACGCGACGGGAAGGCAAGAUGGAAGAAAUCCUACGGAAGCUGCAGAAGGAGGCGUCGGGGAGCAAGCACAGGGCCAUCAAGGAGAGCUGCACCUGGGCCAUCGAAACCUUGGAUUCUCCUGACGCUGCUAUCAAGAUACCUCCUUAUCAGCUAAGGGAGAAGUGUCUCCUUCCUCUCCAACUGGCUCUGGAAUCGAAGAGCAUGAAGUUGGCCCAGCAGGCUCUUGCAGGGAUGCAGAAGCUGCUGUCUGAUGAGAGGUUUGUAUCCGUGGAAACAGACUCGGAUGAGAAACAGUUGCUUAAUCAGAUGCUGAAUGCCGUCAAAGUGACUCCUUCGCUCAACGAAGAUCUGCAGGUUGAAGUGAUGAAGGUCUUGCUCUGUAUAACAUAUACCUCCACGUUUGAGCUGAAUGGGAGCUCAGUGUUGAAGAUUGCUGAGUUGUGUUUUGCAUGCAAUAGAGCUGGAAGUCCCCGAAUGCAUGAAAUGAUCAAAAUGUCCAUUGCAUACCUCCUUGGGGCCCUGAGCUCUCGAAUUUUUACUGGCAAUCCUUCAUCAGUGGCUUUUCAAAAGGUUUGCAUUGAGACAUAUGUAUCUAGCUGUCACCAGCGGAGCAUUAACACCGCUGUGCGGGCAACCCUCAGCCAAAUGUUGAGUGACUUGACUUUACAGUUACGACAAAAGCAAGAAAAUAUGACAAUUGAAAAUAAUGAGGCCCUGCAGAAAUGCAAAAGUCAAGGUACUUCAGCUGAGUCUCUUUGUGACGAUGUUGUAUCUGUCCUCACUGUGCUCUGCGAGAAGCUCCAGGCUGUCAUAAAUGACAAUCGACAACUUCAGCUUCUUUAUUUGGAGUGCAUCCUCUCCAUGUUAAACAGCUCCUCUCCAACCAUGCACCAGCACAAAGGAUUCACUGAUCUAAUAUGGAAGCAACUGUGUCCAGCCCUAGUAGUAAUCCUGGGAAAUCCAAUCCAUGACAAAACUAUCACCUCUGCCCACAGCAGCAUCUGUCUAGAAGCUGAUUCACCUUCCUCAGGGGUCUCUGAUCAUGGCCGAGGUUCAGGCUGUUCAUCCACAGCACCUGCCCUCAGUGGGCCUGUUGCACGGACCAUAUACUAUAUUGCUGCAGAACUGGUUCGACUGGUGGGGACAGUGGAAUCCAUGAAGCCUGUGCUGCAGUCUCUGUAUCAUCGGAUAUUGCUUUACCCACCACCUCAGCACCGAGUAGAAGCCAUCAAAAUUAUGAAGGAGAUACUUGGCAGUCCUCGGAGGCUUUGUGAUUUGGCAGGGCCCUGCUCUUCUGAGUCAGAAUCCAGGAAGAGGUCUAUUUCUAAAAGGAAGUCCCAUCUGGACCUUCUCAAGCUUAUCAUGGAUGGGAUGACAGAAGCGUGCAUCAAGGGUGGUAUUGAAGCAUGUUAUGCUUCAGUGUCCUGCGUAUUUGCCCUGCUUGGAGCACUGGAUGAGCUAAGCCAUGGCAGGGGUCUUUGUGAGGAACAGGUCCAUCUGCUCCUCCGGCGCUUGGAAGAAUUGAAGGAUGGGACUGAGACAAGCAGGGACUCCAUGGAGAUCAAUGAUGCUGACUUCAGGUGGCAGAGGCGCAUUCUUUCCUCAGAAAAUCCUGCCUGGGAAUCAGGAAAUGAGAAAAGUCCUGAUAUUAGCAUUAGCGUUACCACAGACACUGGUCAGACCACUUUGGAAGGAGAUAUGGGACAGACAACUCCAGAGGAUAAUCUGGAAAGUCAAAAAAACUCACUGCCGUCUCCAGCUGGACAUGAAAGCAAAGAGAUUCAUUAUAGAGAACCAGAGUCAGAAACCAUUGACCAGCCAGAUGUUGUUCAGAGAAGCCACAACAUAGUCUAUCCAGAUAUAACUAACUUCUUAUCAGUUGAUUGCAAGACCCGGUCUUAUGGAUCCAGGUACAGUGAAAGUAACUUCAGUGUAGAUGAUCAGGAUCUUUCUAGGACUGAGUUUGACUCAUGUGAUCAGUAUUCCAUGGCAGCAGAGAAGGAUUCUGGCCGGUCAGAUGUUUCAGACAUAGGCUCUGACAAUUGCUCCUUGGCUGAUGAGGAGCAGACACCACGAGACUGUCCAGGUACCAGGUCCUUACGUACUGCUGCUCUCUCUCUAAAGUUGCUGAAAAACCAGGAAGCAGACCAGCACAGUGCACAGCUCUUCAUCCAAUCACUUGAAGCUCUUCUUCCUCGGCUCAUAGCUCUACCCAGCAUAGAGGAGGUGGAUGCAGCACUGCAGAACUUCUCUUCAGCUUUUUGCUCAGGUACGAUGCACUCACCAGGAUUUGAAGGAAACCCAAAUUUCAGCUUCCAAACUCUGAUGAAUGCAGACAGUCUCUACAUGGUCUCUCAUUAUACUCUGCUGCUAAACCUGAAAUUGGCCAACUCAGAUUACUACAGGAAGAAGCCUCCCCAAGCUCCCGUGUUGCUGAAAGAGUUCAUGAAGCAGGUACAGUCCAGUGGAGUGUUGAUGAUAUUUUCCCAAGCCUGGGUUGAAGAACUGUACCACCAGGUACUAGAAAGGAACAUGCUAGGGGAAGCUGGAUACUGGGGAAGCCCUGAAGAACACAGCCUUCCACUUAUUACCAUGCUGACUGACAUCGAUGGCUUGGGAAGCAGUAUGGUUGGUGGCCAGUUGAUGGCAUCUGCUUCAGCUCAGUCUCCUCUUUCCCAGAAUCAGAAGACAGAUGAUUCUGUUGUUGCAGGAGUUGCUUUUGCCCGAUACCUCUUAAUUGGCUGUUGGAAGAACUUGAUUGACACUUUGUCCACACCGCUGACUGGUCGCAUGGCAGGCAGCUCCAAGGGGCUGGCAUUCAUCUUGGGAGCAGAAGGAGCCAAAGAGCAGAACCAAAAGGAGAAGGACUCCAUAUGUUUGAGUCUGGAUGGAUUGAGGAGGGCAGCCCGCCUGAGCUGUGCCCUAGGAGUUGCUGCUAACUGUGCAUCUGCUCUUGCCCAAAUGGCUGCUGCGUCCUGUGUCCAAGAAGAGAAAGAGGAAAAAGAAAUCCAAGAGCCCAGUGAUGCUAUAGCUCAAGUGAAACAGAAAGUGGAGCAGAAACUGGAGCAGAUGGGGAAAGUGCAGGGUGUCUGCCUACACACUGCUCAUGUUUUGUGUAUGGAUGCAGUCCUAAAUGUGGGUCUGGAGAUGGGAAGCCACAAUCAAGACUGCUGGCCUCAUGUGUUCAGGGUGUGUGAGUACAUCAGCACUCUGGAGCACACCCAUUUCAGUGAUGGCACCUCCCAGCCCUGCCUUACCAUCACCCAGUCACAGCAGGCACCUGGAGGCCCACAUUCAGACACUGAGCUGGGAGAGACUCCUCAGGAACAGACCCCUGAGCAGGAGACCACCCUCAGCAGUAAUCCUGUCAUUCAGCCAGUUUCCAUCCAGGAACUUGUCAAGGAGAGCAGUAAGGGCAGAGCUUUCGACUUCCGUGGAGGCAGCUUGCUGUGUGGGACCAGUGCUGCCAAGGCUGUUCUCACACUCUCCACACAAGCAGAUAGGCUCUUUGAAGAUGCUGCUGAUAAGUUAAAUUUGAUGGCACUGGCAGGCUUCCUUUACCAGCUCAAGAAGGCUUCUCAGGCCCAACUUUUCCAUUCUGUCACAGAUACAGUUGAUUACUCCCUAGCAAUGCCAGGAGAAGUAAAAUCCACCCAGGACAGGAGAAGUGCACUUCACUUGUUCCGACUUGGUGAUGCCAUGCUCAGAAUUGUGAGGAGUAAAUCCCGCCCACUGCUCCACCUCAUGCGCUGCUGGAGCCUGGUGGCACCUCACCUGGUGGAGGCUGCCUGUCACAGGGAGAGGCAUGUGUCUCGGAAGGCUGUCUCUUUCAUCCAUGACAUCCUUACCGAAGUGCUGACAGACUGGAAUGAACCUUCUCAUUUUCAUUUUAAUGAGUCACUUUUCCGCCCCUUUGAGCGUAUCAUGCAGCUGGAGCUGUGUGAUGAGGAUGUGCAAGACCAGGUGGUCACCUCCAUAGGAGAGCUGGUGGAAAUGUGUUCUACCCAGAUCCAGUCAGGAUGGAGACCCCUGUUCAGUGCCCUGGAAACAGUUCACAGCGGCAAUAAGUCAGAGGUUAAAGAGUACCUUGUAGGAGAAUACUCUAUGGGGAAACGCCAGGCCCCAGUGUUUGAUGUCUUUGAAGCAUUCCUAAACACUGACAGCAUCCAGGUCUUUGCCAAUGCCGCCACCAGUUAUAUUAUGUGCCUUAUGAAGUUUGUGAAAGGACUGGGGGAAGUAGAUUGUAAGGAGAUGGGUGACUGUGUGCCAGGAUCAGGAUCAGCAUCUACAGACUUGUGCCUUCCCGCGCUUGAUUACCUCAGGAGAUGUUCUCAGUUGUUAGCCAAAAUCUACAAAAUGCCCUUGAAACCUAUUUUCCUCAGUGGCCGGCUGGUUAAUAUGCCCCGAAGAGUGCAGGAGCAGUCAGCCAGCAGUGAGGAUGGCAUUGAGUGCAUCCUUUCUGACUUUGAUGAUGACACUGGCCUUAUCAAUGUCUGGAUUAUUCUGCUGGAAGAAUUAACAACUGCCAUAUCCAACUGUCCCCGCCAGCACCAGCCUCCAACUCUGGAUCUGCUCUUUGAAUUGCUGCGGGAUGUUGCCAAGACACCUGGCCCAGGAUUUGGCAUUUUCGCGGUUGUACAUCUUCUUCUUCCUACGAUGUCCCUUUGGCUCCAUCGCAGCCAUGGUGACCAUUCUUACUGGGAUGUGGCAUCUGCUAAUUUCAAGCAUGCCAUUGGCCUUUCUUGUGAACUCGUAGUGGAGCACAUUCAAAACUUCAUACACUCAGAUAUUGGUUAUGAAAAUAUGAUCAAUACUAUGCUAAAAGAUCUUUUCAAGUUGCUGGUCGCCUGUGUAGCAGAACCAACAGAAAUUAUUUCCAGAGUUGGCUGCUCUUGUAUCAGGUAUGUAUUAGUGACAGCAGGUCCUGUUUUUACUGAAGAGAUGUGGAGGCUUGCAUGCUGUGCCUUGCAGGAUGCGUUCUCUGCCACUCUGGAGCCAGUAAAGAACCUAUUGGGCUAUUUCCACAGUGGUUCUGAAAGCUUUAGUGGAGACGCCUGUGAAGUGAAGGUGGCAGCCCCCUCCCUCUCGCCGAGUGCUGAGGCUGAAUACUGGAGAAUCAGAGCCAUGGCACAACAGGUCUUCAUGCUGGAGACUCAGUGCUCCCCAAAGACCCCUAGCAACAAGGAGGGGUUCGAACAUGCCCAGUCGUGUGUGCUUGUCAUUGACCUGCCACCAGAUAAGAAACCAAAUGGGCAUACCCAGAGAAGUAUUCCUUUUAGGACGAUAGUGGUGAGCUUGCUGUCACACCAAGUACUGCUCCAGAAUUUAUAUGACAUCUUACUGGAAGAAUUUGUUAAAGGCCCUUCUAACCUGGAGGAGAAAAUGACAAUACAAGUACCAGAAAACAAGUUGGCUGGUUUUCUCAGGUACAUCUCCAUGCAAAACUUGGCUGUCAUCUUUGACUUACUGCUGGACUCCUAUAGAACAGCCAGAGAGUUUGACACCAGGCCCGGGCUGAAGUGCUUGCUAAAAAAAGUGUCUGGCAUUAGUGGAGCUGCCAACCUGUAUCGCCAGUCAGCAAUGAGCUUCAAUAUUUAUUUCCAUGCUUUGAUUUGUGCUAUCCUGACAAACCAGGAGAACAUCACUGCAGAGCAAGUGAAGAAGAUCCUCUUUGAGGACGAUGAGAGAAGCACUGACUCAUCACAACAGUGCUCUUCAGAAGAUGAAGACAUUUUUGAAGAAACUGCCCAGGUCAGUCCUCCUCGGGGAAAAGAGAAGAGACAGUGGAGGGCUCGAAUACCAUCUCUGAGUGUACAGCCUGUCAGCAAUGCAGACUGGGGAUGGCUGAUCAAGCGACUUCAUAAGCUCUGCAUGGAACUGUGCAACAACUAUAUCCAGAUGCACCUAGACCUGGAGAAUAACACAGAGGAGCCUCCAGUGUUCAAAGGCGACCCGUUCUUCAUUUUACCAUCCUUUCAUUCAGAAACCUCCACCCCAUCAACUGGAGGGCAGUCUGGGAAGGACACUCCAUCAGAAGAUGACCGGAGUCAAAUAAGGGACCAACUGGGAGACAGCCUAACACCACGAAGUGGAGAAAUGCUGCUACUACCCCCACUCUCAAGUCCUAAACCAGAGAAAAAAGAACAAAACAGGAAAAAAGAAUGGUGGGAGAGUGCUGGCAAUAAGAUCUACACCAUAGCCACUGACAAAACCAUUUCUAAGUUCAUGACAGAGUACAAAAAAAGAAAGCAGCAGCAGCAGGCCAUGACAUCCUUCACCAAAGAGGUCAAAGUGGAAAAGAAAGGGGAGCUCCUGGGCUCCAGAGGGCAGGACUCACCCAUACUCCAGAGGCCACAACAUCUUAUAGACCAAGGUCAAAUGAGGCAUUCAUUCAGUGCUGGCCCAGAGAUUCUAAGACAAGAGAAGAGACCACGCUCAGGAUCCACAGUCAGCUCCCUGAAUAUAUCUGUCAGGGAUGCAGAGGCCCAGAUACAGGCAUGGACGAACAUGGUGCUGACAGUUCUCAGCCAGAUUCAGGCUCUACCAGACCAAACUUUCACAGCCCUCCAGCCAGCAGUGUUCCCGUGUAUCAGCCAGCUGACCUGUCAUGUGACUGAUAUCCGUGUUCGUCAGGCAGUACGGGAAUGGCUGGGAAGAGUGGGCCGUGUGUACGAUAUCAUCAUUUAAACUAGCUGUGCUCUGUUGCAAAGGGGAGAAGACAGCCAGGAUAUACAGCAAAGGGGUAUUUGGGGUUCAUUAACUGCCUAUUUGUUGGUGAUAAAUUAAGAAACAACGAGCUUAUUGAUACAUUUCCCCUAUCCACUUGGGACUGUGUUCCUCACACAUACUCGCAGAGCAGCUGAAGCAUGGAUGUGUCUGGGGGUAUGGAAUGACCCCAGAAUCUGCCAGUAAAUCAGACUGGUAUCUGAAGUCAAAAUACAUUUCAGUAACCUUCAUUUAGAUUCAAAUUUACAGCAGCAGGAGUCACAAACUCUAGGUAAACAUCCACACUUGUAAUUAGCUAUGAAUGGAACCAUCAAACCAGGCAAGCAAGACCUAUAUAACAAAACAUAAAUAAAAAGGUGGCACUUGUUCAGAGUAACUUUUUCCAUUCAGAAAUUGGCAUGAGAGGAAAGCCAAAUAAAGAUUAUUACAGUACUAUAUGCCUUGCUAACUGAAGAAAGUCGAAAUUUAUUUUGCUCUGAGAAGAGCCUUUGAAAUCUGGUGAUAUUCAGAGUAGCAAGUGAGUGAUUGUUAAAGUAUCCCAGGUCUUAAACUGGUGAACCAAGCACAGGCUAUUUGUCCUUUCAUUACCCUUUGAAGUAAUGCUUGGGGAAAAAAGGCACUGUCAACCUGCCUUCUCUACAGCAUCACUCUGGCUACUUCAGCUAUGACCACAGGUGGUGAUUUUUCCACAUAUAUAAUUUCUCCAAAAGGCUACAGGAAGUUUGUUUUGCUGUUUUCUCUGAAGCUAGAGGGGAAAACACACCACAGAGCAAAGCUACAGCCGGUCUACAUGCCAAUAUCCAGCACUCACAACACAGUGAAGUGUUCCUCCAGUUGAAGCAACACUGCAGCUAAGCUGACUUUAGCAUCUAUUCUAACUACUGCAGUCAGGACCCUUACACUAAAUUUAGCCUAUCACUCUAUGUGGAAGUUCAUCAAGAUGGAAAAUAGCCUAAAAAGAAUGUAACUAACCUUUCUGCUUCUCUCCCCUUUCUCAUCUGCUGUAGUAAACAGGGAACAGAGUCUUAUGUAGGUACAUACUCCCUCUGUGCAGUGCUUCUAUAAGGACUACUACAAUCUGCCAGUAUUAUUAGCGGGGGAGAGGUGGAAGGAUUGACUACUGUACUGUCAAAUAUUCACACUGGACACAGUGAAGGGUUACUUUUGCUUCACAAAUUAUGUGACAGGGACUUGUACUCCUAUACUACAUCAUUUUCUUGAUUAGAUGUUUAAAUAAUUCAUCAGAACUAAUUUAAUCUUGGGUGAUCCCUUAAUGAUGUUCUUCCAAGACUUUUUAAAUGUUCAUACCAACUAGAUAUACAUCUUCGGUCCCUGCAUCCUCAAAAAACGUCAUCUUUUUACAUCAGUCCUGGACUUUGCUCAACUGUUUUUAGCAUCUUGAACCUAAGAGGGUCAGUAAAAAAAAAAAAAAAAAAAAAAA